GCUGAUGACUCUACACGUAUCAACAUGCUGCCGUGCAGAUAGACAUAUGAAGAUAAACAGCGUAGUACAAAGAAAAGCGCUCUACUACAACAUAACUAGUGGCGUGCACGCUACGCAGUCGCGGCGCGGGGCGCGAUGUAAACAAACAACUUUGGAUAUCGUAGUAUGAAUAACGCGAAUCCAGCGCUCGCCGCCCAUUCUGUCGCGAACCGUCGGCCGUUCCGCACGCUGCCAUGAUCGACUACGCGCGCCAAAACAUGUGUGACUACUACGUGUCCACCGCGCAAACGGCGUCGGCGCCCCUCGACGCCUUCAGCGUCCUGAAGAAGGGCAACGCGAGCUUCACCUACGGCAACCUGUACGACUCCUACAACAUGUGCUCGGACCCCGAGGCGGACACCAACAACGUUUACUACAACUUGAUAAACUUUCGCGAGUACCGCCACGACACCGACGGGUGGAAGAGCAAAGUGGUGGACGAGUGGAGCUGCGACGACUCCGUCGCGUGGAUCUACGACUGUGCCGUUUCACACGGGUUCAGCGAACUGGAUGUGCCGUUCCACAAUUUCAGACUCCCGGGGCACGAGCUGAGGAACAAGAGACACAUGGAGAUCGUAGAAUUAAUGGGACACCCUCACGUCGAUCCACAGAUCUCGACGAGGAUAGCCAACACGAUCUACGACAGACUCCAGUGCCGUCUCAAUGAGGACAUGCGAUCGCAAUCAGUGUUGAGAUACGCGGAGAGUGCUCCCUAUGCGCAGAGCCAUGAACAGACGAUAUUAACGGAUUUGACCUAUUGCACUGAUAGAAACAGAGGGUACUACGCUUCGGAUUACAAGACCAAUGAUAUCAGUUUAAUGAACGCCGCAGACUCUAGCGACGAUCAUGAAGACGCAUUCCGUAUUGACACUGCCUCACCGGCUUGCUCCUACGGUAGUGAUGCAAGCAAAUCUGGAGAUGAGGAUGAUAAGAAGAAACCGUUCAAAAGGCCCCCGGGCCGUCCCAAAGGAUCCGUCAAGAAAGACAAACGUCCACGAAGCGUUUCCGUCCCACAGUUCCUGAGAGAUCUUUUGUUGGAUGAAAGAUUUUGUCCGUCAAUAAUCAAAUGGGAGGAUAUUUCACAAGGAAAGUUUAGAUUUGUCAAACCUGAUGAAGUAGCGAAACUUUGGGGUCAGAUGAAGCAGAACGACAACAUGACCUUCGAGAAGUUCAGUCGCGCCAUGCGUUACCACUACCAACAUUCAGUGCUGGUGUCGGUGCCCACGGCACGCCUGGUGUACCAAUUCGGACCCAAAGGACCAGAUUUCAAGACGAACAACCCCAAUUUCGUAAAAGUCAAAUCGGAACUAGAAAGUCCAAAUUACUCGUAGUUGAAUUUGUAAAGUAAGGACUUUUUUUGGAAAAUGAUGCUCAUUGUAAAGUUGACGCAAGAAGUUGAUAAUGUUAAUGUUUCGUGUUUUGAACCCAGGCACAACUCUCGAAUACAAUUUUCUACUGAGAAAUAGUUUUAAGAAGAUUUUUAACAUAAAAAUGUUUUGCAUAAAAAGGAUGACGUGGUACCUUGAUAUACAACAAACAGUAGAAAAUUUCACAAUGACUUAUGUUGUUUUAAUGAAAGAGAGUUGUCUUGUGGUUAAGUUGUUUGAAUAAGAAAAGAUGACGUAGUAAAGAUUUUCGGGAAGAUUAUUGAAUAGAUAGAUGUUUUCAGAAAUGUUAUGAGUGUGAUUAAAGUAAGUUCGGUGUCCGAUAGGUCUCGUUUCGAAGGUUGUUCUAGACAAAGAUUGUUGGAGUGUUACCGUCAAUUAAAGGUUGUAAGCCCAACUUGUUAAAGUGUCCAUAUUAUUUUUUUAAGUGGUACUUUAUUGAACUUUUACAAAAUGGUUUUAGUCCUCGACGUGAACUUUUAGUGGUCGAACUAUUCAAGGUUGUUCAGAGUUACGAAUUUUUGAUAAAGUAUUUUUAAAACGUCGGUUGUUGUUACCAUAAUUAUUAGUAGGAUAAGUUAUGAUUAUGAUUACUGUAGUUGAAAGAUAUAUUUUAAACAUUCCAAUUUUAUUUAUAUUUUUUAUUGAAUCGCUGAUGUCAUUCGUUUUCUAAUUAAUAGUAAUAGAGGUAGUUAAAGUUGCCAUACCUACUUAUUAACACUUUCAAUGUACUUAAAUAUUAUUAUUAUUUUGUUUCCAUAUUUUCUAAUAACGAAGCUUCUGUUUCGUGAUUUAAUAUUUUAAGAAGAUAAUUUUUCUAUAAUAAUUUAUUAUUACCUCUCUCAGUGUUAGAUGUGUUAUACCUAUUUUAGACUAAUUUUUAGACUUUAAACAGAUGCAAAUGUGCAAUCAAAAAAAUGACAAAAGUAAAGAUCUGUAGGCCAAAGAUUAUGUAGGUUUGAAAAAGAGGUAAGUACAUUGUUAUUGUCCUAAGAAAAUAAAAGAUUUUCUUAACAUAUAAUAUGUAAUUUAGUUUUAAGUUGGAGACUCUCAGGCAAUUGCUGUGAUGUAAAAUAAAUGAAUUGUUUUAAUUUUGUAUAUAGAUAGACGUUAUAUUUCAACAAAUUAUGUAAAUAUGUUUCUUUUUCUUUGUCUAUUUCGUUUUAGAUUCCACUAACAUCUUUUGUUUCAUGAUAAUUUUCAUAUAUUAUUCGUUUUAUAUCAAGUGCUCAUUUUAUUACAACUUACCUCAUCGACUAGAAAUAUGAAGUAUUUACAUUAAGAAUUUUUUACUGUACAUUUAUGACUCAGAGUACAAAAUGAGUGUCUUACGACAUUUUUGACGAAUGUAACGUACACAGUUAUCCAGAUAAGCAAUAGAUUGUAAGAUAUUUUUAAAACUAACAUAACAUAAACCUAACACAUCUCAUUUCUCAAAGGAAAUACACUUUGGUUACAAAAGAAGAAAAUACAGCCUAAGAUUGUCUUAAGCAAAACUACAAGAGUACCACCAAGUUCCUUGAAAAUAUUCACAAUUGUAGUUGUAUGUCUUCCAUGAAAUCCAUGUAGCUCGCAUACGUUUGCUUCGCACUGUUUCCAUUUUAUUGUUUACACCAAUAUAAUAUCCUUGUAAAAAACGUUUACUUAGCUCUACUAUCUAACAAAAAAGUAAACAGAAUUGUCUGAAACAAUGUCAAUACAAAUUUAUCAUCAGACAUGUUUUUAACACUUUUUUAACCAGUUUAGUUGAAAUCUAGUUUAACAAUGUGUUUGUUGGUGUAACACAUACUCGGCUAAUACUUUGUGAUUAAUUUUAAGAUACAUUAUUACAUUUUUUUAAAAUUUAUUAAAGUAUCAACUUUGAUAAUAUUAUGUGGAUUUACGUGCAAUUUAUAAUUAUUUAUGUAUUACAGGAUUAUAAUUAUAACGAAAUAGAUCGAAAAUAUACGAAUUAUAUUAAUGUGAA